AUGCCAUAUGUAUCUUUGUCUCUCUUUGUCUUUCAGCUGGAAGCUGACAGGUUAACCCUGCCGGUCAGUCCCGGCCCUCUCAGCCUCACGCCCUCCCCAAAUCCCAAACCCGACGCAACGAUAAUUCCCGUGGAACCAUCUCCCUUGGAGAAGAAUAAAUGCUUCUUCGUGGAUGAGUCGGAACCUCUUCUGCGCUGCGACUCAACCUCCAGUGGGUCUUCUGCCCUGAGCCGAACAGGCUCCUUCAUUACCAAAGAAAAGAAAGACACAGUGCUGCGCCAGGUGCGCCUGGACCCCUGCGACCUGCAGCCCAUCUUCGACGAUAUGCUUCACAUCCUAAACCCGGAGGAGCUGCACGCCAUCGACGAGAUUCCACAGGCGGAGGACAAGCUGGAUCGAUUGUUUGAAAUCGCCGGAGUCAAGAGUCAGGAAGCGAGUCAGACUCUGCUGGAUUCCGUCUAUAGCCACCUGCCCGAUCUGCUCUAGGCCUCGGUCGCCACCGAAUGCACGCUGCGCGCACUCACGCUGGCUGUUGUUUGUACUUGCUUUGGCACCUGUGAAAUCCAAUCGACCGCAGGCAGGCGGAAGGUUAAUAGAACUUGUGGCCAGUAUUUUCGUCAAGGGUUUUUUUCUUCUUUUCUCUCAUUGCCGGAGGGAGAGGGACGAUUUUGCAGUCCCUUUGUGCCCUUUCACGUUUAUCGUCUCACUCGAAACGAUCCUGUUUGCUCCCUCUUCCUCCUCCUGAAAUUUUCUCUUGUUCUCAUUCCAGCGAGUCAUUUUAAGCACUUUAAAGAAAAUAAAAUUCUAGACCACAGGAUCAUCCGUUCAAACCUUCCCGGUUUGGAUUUGUACUUAAUCUCCUAAAACCCAUCAGAUCAGUUUUUGGUCUGGUUUUUUUUGUGGGGGGAAACCCCCUCCAAUUUGGAAAUUUUUUUCCUCAUUCAGGCCUUUUCUCAUCCUCCUUUCAUGCCCUGCUUAUGAACGGAGGUGUAUGCGAUGAACAGUUUUCAGUUGACUUCUCACCCCCCCCCCCAAAAAAAUGACUCUUAAAAAAAAAAUGACAACUCAUUCAUUCGUCAAUAUACUAACGCAGUUAUUUAUUGGUUGUUGGAGUUUUUACACCCAGACAGAGCAUUAAAUGCUUAGUCGCCUGGGCUCCUCUAAAGCUAUAAAAUGGAAGCAUUUUGACUUCUUUUUUUUAACUUCUUCAGCCUUCGAGACAAUAAUAAGACAGUGGGGGUUUUCUUGGCCUGCGUCUGAAUGUAAUUCUGUACACUUCAUCUAGGGGGAGCACUUCUUUUUUUUUUUGUCUUGCCGUGUUUUUUCCGAUCACCACGGGCUCAAUCCCUUUGAAACUACGCCUGGAGCUGGACUCCGGAAGGAAAACCCAAACGGACAAACGAACCCUGGAGGUGCGCCGCAUUUCUCGUUCUGUACAAUUUUACUGAUUUGUGCUUCGAAAAAUUGUGUCUCUCUCUUUUUUGUGGGGUUCUUUUUUUUAUAUAUAUAUACAGAUGUGGCCAAUAGUUACAGUUUCAAAGGCUCCCCCUUGGUCUUGACACUUCCCCCCCUUUCCCCUCCAAUCACACUUUUAAUUAAAAUGCUGCAAUGUAAGACACUCGCGUCCGUUAUAUUUGCGAUCCUGCGCUCCCCUAACCAGCCAGUCUACAGUAACGGCUCAUCUUGGAGAGAAUGUUGGGGGGGGGGCGUGAUGUGUGCUACCUUGUCUUUUGGGGGGGGGGGGGAGUGGAAGAGAGAAUGACUGUGGAAAAGACAAUUUGCCUUCCGGUGUACUAAUUUAUUAAUAAAAUAACUAGGUGUUUGCUACUG